UAACGCGUCAUCGGAGGGAUAUCCUCGGUACUCCGUAUACCCUGCUGUAUUCAUUGAACGGCGCACCAAAGCGGCAUCAUUUUCCCGAGGCGUACUGUAGAUAGUUUCAUUUUAUGUGAGUUCCGCUUGCCGCACCGCAGGUGAAUCUCGACGCGAGUAAACGCCACUCUUCUUUCUCUCUCGCGCGCGCGCGCUCGGUCGGUCUUUCAUCCUCUCCGUGAAACGGUCUCGUCGCCGGUGCCGACGACAGAAAUACAGCAGUAAUAUGGGCGUGGAUGUCGAGGUUCUCCGACAGGGAGAUGGUCAAACUUUUCCAAAGACAGGACAAAGGGUGGUUGUUCACUAUACAGGUACCCUUGUUGACGGGAAGCAAUUUGACUCCAGUAGAGACCGUGGUGUACCGUUUACGUUCAGAAUUGGGAAAGGCUUAGUGAUCAAAGGCUGGGACGAAGGUAUCGCGCAAAUGUGCGUUGGAGAGCGAGCUAGGUUAACUUGUUCUCCAGAUUUUGCUUAUGGUAGCACAGGCCAUCCUGGAAUUAUUCCACCAAAUGCUGUUCUCAUCUUCGACGUGGAAUUGUUGAAGGUGGAGCCCUGAAAUACCUUUUAGAAUAUAACAAACCGACCAAACGUAUUUCAAUACGGAAAACUUAAAAGAAAAAAAAAGGAAGAAAAAGAAACGCAUCAAAUUGCAUUACGUUAAGUAGUCGUCGCACAUAUGGCACAUUUCUUACUCUCAUGCCUUAAUUCAAUCGCUCAGACAUUAAAGUCGCGAAAUGCGAUAUUUUUACAAAUAUAUAUAUAUAUAUAUAUAUACAUAUAUAUAUAUAUAACGACGACACAUUGCACGUCGCGCCAUAGGCAAACAGUGGGACAAUUUAUACAGUGUAUAAAUUUAUACAAUGUAUAAAUUGUGGAACAAUAAUAUCCGAACAAUAUUGCGUAUAGGUGUUAGACUGUAAGAUCCGUAUAUUAUAAUACGUAGUCUGAUUGUAUAUGCACUCCAAGAGAUGCUACUUAACUUGUGUACUUGAUUAAAAACCGAUUUAAUCGUGUUCCUAUUGAUGAGCGGUUGAAUUGAAGGGAACCCCGUUUUUCAGAUACUCGCAAUGUAAUUUGUGUUCAUUCCAUUCACUGUGUAUUUGGUAAAACGGUCUUUCGGAUAUAUUUUAUACAAAUCGUUGUCGAUGUGAUGUUGGAGAAACGAUCACGUUGGCGACGUAAUAGCGCAGAUUUCUACACAGGAUAAAAUACAAUAAAAAAAUUGUUUUGCUCUGA